AUGGCAGACACUGUUGAAGAUACCGUCUUGAACCCAGAUGUUUUGACCAAGUACCGCACCGCAGCUUCGAUCGCACUCGCUGUUCUAGAAGAAGUCAAAAGUUGGCUGGCCGACGGUGAAAAGAUCAUCGACCUGUGUGAGCGUGGAGACGAGCUGGUAGAGAAAAGACUCGGAACUGUCUACAAAGGAAAGAGCGUUAUAAAAAGCACCAAUACCCCGGUUACGAUCAGUCCGAGUAGUUUUGUUACUCCCUUCACCCCUCUUAAGUCCGACACCGAAGAUGCCGAACUGAAGAUCAAGGCGGGCGAAGUCGUCAAGAUUCAGCUGGGAGCACAGAUUGACGGCUAUGGCGCAAUUGUGGGAGAUACUGUUGUCGUGCCACAAGAGAAGGGAAAGAAGGCCGAGAUCACUGGCAGAGAGGCGGACUUGCUGUUGGCUACACACUACGCCAAUGAGCUUCUCCUGAGGCUGAUGGUCCCUCCUGGGCUGCUGGCCACUGGCUCGGAGGACGAAAAGAAGAAGGCUGCAGCGGAGAAAGCACCAACGCAGAGCAAGAUCAUCUCCCUCGUUGAGAAGAUUGCCAAAGCGUACGAAGUGAACGUAGUCCAACACACUACAUCAUGGCUGUUUGAGCGCAAUGACAUUGAAGGGAAGAAGAAGAUCAUCCUAGCCCCAGCUGACGGAUCGAAAGGUGAUGGCACGCCAGAAGUUGGCGAAGUCUGGGGUGUCGAAGUGGGCAUGAGUUUAGGAUCGGGCAAAGUCAAGGAAUUGGACAAGCGGUCAACUCUGCUAAGACGAACCAAUACAACAUACGGUCUAAAGCGGCCAAGUUCCAGGCAAACGUUGUCAGAAAUCGUCAAGAAGUUCGGCACAUUUCCCUUCAGCCUGCGGCAAUUGGAGGACGAGAAAGCUGCAAAGGUGGGCGUCAUCGAGUCUAUCAGAGCUGGCGUUCUUCGCGAGUACAAGCCUUCCGCAGAAGCCGAUGGAUCUGCGGUCUCGCGGCUGUUUACCACUGUUGCGAUCACAAAGAACGGUCUUACGCGUCUAGCAGCACCUCCUGCUUUGGACCUAGACUCGAUCAAGUCCGACAAGAAGAUCGAGGAUGAAGAAAUUCUGAAGAUCCUUGAGCGACCAACAAGCAAAUCCACGGGUUCGAAGAGCAAGAACAAGAAGAAGAAGAAGAAGCCUGCCAAGAAGGCUGCAGCUGAAGAAGAGGACGAUUCAGACGAGUCUAGCGACGACGAAUGA